AUGAUUGAGUUUCCGUCGACCGUUGAAGCCCUGGAGGUGAACUUGAAAUCUCCUUUGCCCGCGCAUCUCACACCACUCCAUCUACGCUCAUCGAGAUAUAUCAAAAUGAGCUAUUCUAUCAGCCGCCCUGGCUCACCGGAUGUUGAUGUUCCCGCGCUGGAGAAUCGCAAACGCCAUCUCAAUGACAGCCUCAAGCGGGCUCGAAAAAGACUCAAGCCACGAGGGUCCUUUGACGAGGACUACUGGACCCGGGCUCAUGAAAUCGGCGCAAUCGAACUUGAGAAAGUUCAAGUGCAGCGGAAAAUAUCACUGCAAAGAUAUGAUGGCACAGAGGCCGAAUGGAGAGACUCGGACGAGGCUAAGGCCUUAGCACAACAGAACAAGGCCUAUGAAACAUCGCAAAAAAUAUGCGAAAAGCGUAAAGAUGAGCUUCGCGCAAGAGGCCGCCAAAGAGGCUUGAGGGCCUCUUUCAUGAAACUUUUUACGACAAGCAAACUCGGGCUAGGCAUACUACACACCGGGGCGGGAACACGCAACCCAGAUGAGCAGACUCGGUUCCGAAACAAUAUGAUCCGUGAGUACGGUGCGCAACGGCCCGGCUACGAUCAUCUGUGGUGUCCGGUCUUGGGAGACUGGCGUGACAACAGGACUGUCGUUGCCGCGCAUCUUUUCGGGUAUAUGCACGGACAAGCCACCAUGGACGCGAUCUUCGGCAAAAGAAAGCACCCUGAGCUUUUUUCGCCGCGAAACGGAAUCCUCGUGUCAGUAUUCAUCGAGGAUUACCUUGACUCGGGUAAACUGGUCAUUGUACCAGACUUAGAGGACCGCCCAAAGCUUGCGGAUCUCGUUGGUUGGCUCAAGAGCCCUGUCCGAAACCUGAAGAUGCGCGUGUUAGAUCCCAAGUGGGACAAGCUGGAGACCCAGAUCACGCGAGAUCUUCCGCUGAAAUACAAGGAUCUCGACAACAGGCGCCUAGUCUUCAAGACAGACUUUCGCCCGGCAGCCAGAUACCUGUAUUUCCACUAUGUUAUCCAACUCCUCCGUUACGCUUGGCAGUCGGACUCACAGGGAGGAAAGGAGGCCAUGCGACUUAUGCAAGGGGAGCACGGCAAACCAUAUUGGGGCACCCCGGGCCGAUAUUUGCCCAAGAAUAUGUUACUUGCACUCGUCGAGGAGAUUGGCCAUGAGUACAAGCCACUCCUCGAUGGCGCAUCUUUUGGGGGCUCAAAAGACCCCCAACUGCUCCUUGAAACCGGAAUGAGGCAAAUAAAACACACCCGGCGCUCUCUCGAAGACGCCGGUCUUUGGCCUAUGUCCUCAGAUCAUGACGAGGAAGAGGAGGAGGAGGAGGAGGAAAAUGACGAUGAACGGUACGGCAGUGAUGAUGCGGAGGGGUGGUAG